CGCGACCCUUUGUCCCGCCCACCCAGGCAAACAGGCGCCCGUGAUCCUGCCCGCCCCCCCAUUCCACGACUGUUGGUAGUUAGUGCUGGGCCCCAUUCCCGCUUGCUUCCUCGACCCCCGACCGACCACCCGUCUUCGUCGCGAUCCCGGCCUGCACCAGCAUCACGACCACUCUCGGGUCACACGCCCCUGGUCGCAAACACAUACACGAACAUCGAUCGAGCCUUGCCCUGCCUGCCUUUUAGCGACGAACAUCCUGCUUCACUCGGCGACGUGAACAAAACGCAGAAGCGGCCGUCCGCAGCCCCCCUGGUCCCUGCCUUUCCGUUCGCUCGUCCUGGCCUUGCGACGCAUGGCGAGCUGACCCGCCUCGACAUUUUACGGCCGCCGUUUCUUUCCUGUGUAAUGUGUAUAUGAUAAACGACUACUCCUCUUCGGACGACCAGUCGAGUUGGAAGCGGAUCGCUCGCCCGGCAUGAAUGGGUAUCCUGCGGGAGGCGUUCCCUAUGGCUACGGGGCCUCCGCCCUGUCGCCGCCGAUGACGAGCCCCAAGAGCAAGAUUUCGCCGGACGGAUACAGGAGAGAUGCUCCCAAUAUCUUUGGUCGCGAUGCCCCGCGAUUCAACUUGGUGAGCGCGCUCUCCUCUUCGAUGCCGUCGAGACAAUUGGCCCUAACACGUCCGCAGGGGGCCACCGGCAAUGCGACAGCCAAACCGGCCGUCGUGGACCUCAAGGACCCCAUUCAGGUUCACCUGCUCACCGAGACGGCGCUAUCAGACAGCAAGGGCUACGAAAUAUUGACGCAAGAAGAGGUGGAUGAUCUGAAGAAACAGUCGCAGCUCCUCGCGCAACGUGUCGAAUCAACCCGGACGAAUCUCGCGAUCCAGUCAAAAUACCGAGAUGCGGCCGUCUCCAUGGCGAAACUCUACCGACCCGGAGGCGCCAACGCGUCCGCUCCCGACGACCCCAACGCACUUGAAGCCGAGCGGGAAAGGGAAGCGUGCGAGCAGAAAUGCGAAGAGUUGGCCGCGGAGCUCUUCAACCUGGAGAAGCGGCUCAUGAUUCCUCAGCGCCGCUUGCUCGAGCAUACCGCCGGCAUUCUGCAGCUCACCCACAAGGCCUCCCAGAGGAGGGCACCAUUGCAAAAUGGCCAGCCUCCAAACGGCAUUCCAGGAAGCCCCGAGAGCCUCUACACCUACUCGCACAGCAGGAACAGCUUUGAUCAGCCCGGCGAGGAGCAUCAUCUCGAUGAUCCCAGCUUGUAUCAGCUGGAGUCGCUCGAGAGCGUAAACGGGCGGGCAGUCCGGAAAAACGCCAUCGAGAUUCCCAUGAAGUCCCCCAUCCGAGAGCAGAACCAGAUGGACCGCGUGCGAGAGGAGAACCUGCAGCUGCGUGGCCAGACGGACAUGCUCAUCAAAAAGCUUCAGAGCCUCAAUAUGUCGCUACGGGAAACCAUUGUCAGGUUCAAUCCCGAAGUGAACAGCGCUUAUCUGGAACCGCCGGGAGACACCGUGCCGCAGGACGCGAAGCCUACUGAACUCAUCAAGAGCCAGAUCGACUACCUCGAAAGCGGUCUCGUUGCUGUACAAGCCGAGCAAGACUCCUUCGCGGGAGGCAAGGACAUUGGCGAACGGAUCGAGUCGCUGAAUCUUCAAGUUCGGGAUUUGCUCAUGUCCUCUGACCCUCAUUACGUGCCCACCCCUAUCCCCGCAGAGUCUGACGUGCAGGGCGGCCUCUCGUUCCUCGAGGACUCGCUUCGCCUCGCUGACUCGCAACUGGGCCGUGCGUUAUCCAAGGGCAUAGAUAACAACUCCGGCCCUGUGCUUAACGAUCUGUGGGACGGCAUCCAGAAAGGAUUCAUCGACGCAAAGCAACGCAAGGAAGACCGUAAGAGGUCCCGGUUGGACAAGGGUCUGCCCGACGAAGACGACAUGUCCGAGGACGAGGCUUUUGACACGAACGAGCAGUACUCUCUGAACUCAUUCGCCACCAGGGUGCAGUGGCUACACUCUCAAGCAUCCACACUGAAAGAUCAGAAAUACGUGCUGAAGAGACAAAUCAAGCAGCAGCGUGAGCUGAACAACAAGUCUGAUGCCGAGAAGGACGAAGAGCUCAGCCGAAAGCAGGAGGAGCUCGAGCAAAGCCGCGAGCUCCUGUCGAGGGCCGAGAAGGACGCCAUGGACGCGCAAAGGAUGCUGUCAGAAGCGCUGCAGGAUUUGGAAAAGGAGAGGGGCUCAGCAGGCGCCGCCGAGGCUGCCGGAGCCGCCAUUCGGGAUCGCGAGGCCAAGAUCAGCGCUCUUGAAGCAACGCUGAAGGAGGCGCAGAGCAAACUUGCUUCCGCCGAGGCAAAUGACCAAGGAUCCGGACAGAAGCUGGCCACUUUCGAGGCGCAAAUUGCGGCUCUGACGCAAGAAAAGGCCACCGCCGACGACAACGCGCAGAGGCUGCAACAGCAGCUGGACGAAAAGACGGCGACCCUUGCGGCAAACGCCAAGGCCAUCAAAACGAAGGAGGACGAGCUGGAGCUGCUCAACAUGACCCUCGCGGAGCUCAAGACGGAGGUGACCAUUGCUCGGGCGGAACUGGACGGCGCAUAUGGAUCCCGUGCAGAACGCGCGGCAGAAGUUGCGGCCAUCAAGACCAGCGCCGAGGUCGUCAAGCUUCAGAAUCAGGUCGAUCGGCUCAAGAAGGAGCUCGGCGAGACGGUCCAGGAGCUGGAGGCCAUCACCAAGGAGACUAUCGGCUCGGAGCGCGAGAAGCUGGAGCUGGAAGCCAAGUUGGACGAGGCCCUGUCCGCCAAAGCAUCUUUCGAGGUCGACGCGCAGAAGACACGAGAGCGGAUGGCCAAGCUCCAAGAGGACUUGGAUGCGGAGAGGCUAAAGGCAUCUGCCGGAGGAGGUAGGCCCGGAGCUGGGGCAUCUAUGCUGAGUGAGCAGUUCCGCGCGACGAUGCGGGAGGAGCGCAAGAAAUUCCAGGAGGACUUGAAAGAGGAGCGUGCAAGGUGCCGCAAGCUGGAAGAGGAGCUCGGCCGGCUCAAAAGAAGUCAAGGGCCAGGCAAGAGCCCUCUCAGCCCCCGGCAGUAACCACUGCUGAACGCCAUCCUCGCCGCUUGAUCGCACGCCAUUGGAUCAUCACUUUCGCAGAGAGAUCAGUCUGCCCACUCUUCUUGUAUAUCCAUUCACACCGACUCGGUCUCUUGUAUCAUAUUUAUUUUUAUGAGGCCAGCUAUUGGGCACCGGCCGUUUUGGUUAUUUUCACUUCUUGUAACAUAUCGCUAUUUCGGGGAAUGGUUUUUAUUCUUCUUUUUUGUUUUCAGGGCUUUUGACGAGGGAUGCUUUGGGCAUUAUAGACUUGUAUUGCAUGGGCAACGCCGCGGAAAUGGCUUCAAAGGGGCGAUGAGGAUGACAAGAAGAAGAGACGGAGGGAUGGGAGAAGAGGGAGGCCAGUCAGGAAAAAAGGGGGGGCGCGUGUCUUGAUAUAAAAAGGUGCGAGAAAUCCGGGAGGUUGGAUGCCGGAGAGGCCGGGGGGACGGACCUUUUGGAUUUGGUCCCGACAGCUGUAGGGCUUAGAAGGAACCGAAACAAACCCCAGUUCCUUUGUAUAGAAACAUGUUGAAG